CUUGGUGGUGGCCUGGUGAGUGGGUACCAGAAAGACAAGAAACAUGUCGGAGUUCUGGUUAAUUUCAGCCCCAGGUGAUAAGGAAAAUUUACAAGCUCUGGAGAGGAUGAAUACUGUCACUUCCAAAUCCAACCUGUCCUACAACACAAAGUUUGCUAUUCCUGACUUCAAGGUGGGGACCUUGGAUUCUCUUAUUGGUCUCUCAGAUGAGUUGGGGAAACUUGAUACCUUCACUGAAAGUCUCAUAAAGAGAAUGGCGCAGAGCGUGGCAGAGGUCAUGGAAGACUCCAAGGGGAAAGUCCAAGAGAAUCUCCUGGCCAAUGGAGUUGACUUGACAUCCUUCGUGACUCACUUUGAAUGGGACAUGGCCAAAUACCCUGCAAAGCAGCCUCUGGCGAACGUGGUGGACACCCUCACAAAGCAACUGGCACAGAUCGAGACUGACCUGAAGUCCCGCACGGCCACCUACAGCGCUCUCAAGAUGAACCUGGAGAACCUGGAGAAGAAAUCCACGGGGAACCUCUUCACUCGGACACUGAGCGAUAUUGUGAGCAGAGAGGACUUUGUGUUGGAUUCAGAAUAUCUCAUCACACUGCUGGUCAUCGUCCCCAAGACAAGCUACGCCCGGUGGCAGAAGACCUACGAAUCGCUGUCGGAUAUGGUGGUCCCUCGGUCGACCAAACUGAUCGCGGAGGACAAUGAUGGCGGCCUCUUCACUGUGACUCUGUUUCGAAAAGUGAUUGAUGAUUUCAAAGUCAAAGCCAAAGAAAACAAGUUCACUGUCCGUGAAUUUUACUAUGACGAGAAAGAAAUCAAAAGGGAAAGGGAAGAGAUGACGAGACUUCUGUCUGAUAAGAAGCAACAGUAUGGCCCAUUGCUGCGCUGGCUCAAGGUGAACUUCAGUGAAGCGUUCAUUGCGUGGAUCCACAUAAAGGCGCUGAGAGUGUUUGUGGAGUCUGUGCUCAGGUACGGACUGCCCGUGAACUUCCAGGCUGUCCUCCUGCAGCCUCACAAGAAGUCAGCCACCAAACGCUUGAGAGAAGUGCUUAACUCGGUCUUCCGACACCUGGACGAGGUGGCGGCCGCGAGUAUACUGGAUGCCUCGGUGGAGAUCCCCGGGCUUCAGCUCAGCAACCAGGACUAUUUCCCCUACGUCUACUUCCACAUCGACCUCAGCCUCCUUGACUAGUAGGGGCUGGCGCCUGGCACCACCAGAUCCACGGACACGCACACUACAGCUCCUACGGUUUCUUGCUCACGAACCCGGCUCUAAAGGUCUCUGCAAUUUUGAUUUUCAGACAAAUUGCUCGCAAACGUUAGUUACAGUGUAUUUAUUUUUUUAAGUUACAAUAAAAUGCUCAGUCCCUCAAAUCAUCUUUUCUUAGGUUCUAACAAUAAUUCGAAGUUUUUUUUUUCCUGAGCGUUUUACAUAAAUGUGAACUGCCUACAGCCUGGGAAGCACUUAGUCCCUGCUCUCCCACGCUUGCCCAGGACCCUAGUGGGAAAGCUGGACACCCUGCCUCACAACCAGCCCCUGGUGGCGGCCUGGGGAGGAAGCCGAGCCCCCCAGAUGACAGCGCAGCAUUUCAGGCCUUGCUUC